AUGGACGACAGCGGCGUGAUCGCCAUUCUAGCAAAAGUGGGUUUCGUGGCUGUGUUGGUCAUUGCUUUUUUCUUAAUGCGGCAAAAGAUCAUUCGGAUACACACACCGAGAUUGCGUGAACUAGCGGUUCCGCUUCUGGAUAACUCGACUGUCCGAAAUAACCAUCGCUUGGAUGCAGCCACAAGAGAGGCAGAAAAGGGCUUUGAAGUGUGCCCCGUAUGCGAGUUUGAAAACUUUAAGAAUACACUCUACUGCUCGAUUUGUGGGGAAUGCAUGGACGUAAGGAUGGUCAUUCAUGACAACGGCAGCAAACACAAGUGGAAAAAAAGCAGGAGGAAGGAGAAGGAAAAGGAGCGUGAAUGUACGAAGCAUCCUCAUCACUUGACAAAACGUCAGCUUCGUGCGAGAAAGCGAAAGGAAUGGACAAGGAAACUGGAUGUGGAGGGAAACAUGUUUUGGUUUCGCGUGAAAGAAUGCAAUGGGGUUAUCGCACCUGCUCGAGUGGGCAAAGUGAUCCGGUUUGUGAAGCCCAAUGAAAAUGCAAAGAUGCCCGGACUGAUGAACGGUCCGUUUGUGAUACAAAGUGAUAUGGCGAUCAUAGAGCCUGCAAAAGUAAAGGUGUUUGAUGAGGUUGUUCACUUGGAUAUUAUUUCUGCUACAAAAUGGGAUGCCGCUGCACGAGCCACCGGGGAAGUAUUGGAGAGCGAUACUCAAGCAGGAGUUGAACGCCGACGUGAAAUAUUGAAUUUGGCGGUCAAAGACUUUCCAUCAAAGUACGCGUACUUUGUCCAAAGCUCCGCUUCACUACUUGUCCCACCUGAGGUUGAGUUUCUCAAGCUUUCUAUUCACAGAGACUACAUGUUUGAGGAAUCUAUGGAACACCUCGGGUGUAUAGAUGAGAAGUAUAUUCGAUCGGCCAUGCGAAUUAAUUUUCUUGAGGAAAGCGGUGUGGAUGCAGGCGGACUCCAUCGCGAAUGGUUUAUGAUACUAACGGAGUUAUUGAUGGAUCCGAAAGCGGGGUUGUUCAAGGUUACCCAGGGGGAAGACCGGGCGUUUUUCCUGAACUCAAAUUCCCGCUAUGAAAAUGGUGAGGAGCAUCUUGUUUACUAUUACGGAGCAGGGCGACUACUGGGGCGAUCGCUUUUGGAAGGCACAGUGCUCAGCUUUCAUUUGUGCGUUCCGCUGCUUAAGCUCAUCUUGGGUACGCCACUAUGCAUGGAUGACGUAGAGUACCUUGACCCGGAGGUACACAAGAGCAUGAAGUGGAUACUGGAAAAUGAUGGCAUCGAGGCGUUGAAUCUUGAUUUCAGCGUGAUGGAGCGCAAGGGCAAUCAAACAAAGUUGGUCGACCUUAUCCCAAAUGGACGCAACAUUGAAGUCACUGAUGCCAAUAAGCACGAGUACUUGGAACGCAAAUUCGAGCAUCUGCUGCUGAGAAGCGUCGCCGACCAGUUAUAUGUAUUUCUCAAGGGUAUUUACGAAGUCAUUCCGCAGCACCUGUUGACGCUCUUUGAUUACGAAGAGCUGGACAAUUUAAUGUGCGGGUCUCCCGAAAUUAACGUCGAUGAUUGGGAGAGAAACUCAUCCGUCGCCGAAAGCGUGGCACGAUCUCCGACUCUUGCCUGGUUUUGGGAGAUUGUGCGCGAAAUGCCCAACGAGUACCGACGGCGUUUGUUGCAAUUUACCACAGGCUGCUCACGCGUGCCUCUUGUGGGUUUUAGGGGGCUCACCAGCUAUGACGGCAAGGUAUGUUUAUUUACGAUCCGGGGAAUUGUUGGCGCGCCAGAUGAGUUUGUGCGCAGCUACGCAUGCUUUAACCGUCUGGAUUUGCCGCUGGGCAUCUCGCGCAUCGAGCUCAAGUGUAUGCUAUACGCUGUGUUGGAUACGGAGCUAUAUGGGUUCACAACAGACUAA